AGUAAAGUAAAGAAAAGUUGUAUUGAACGGAGUAAAGUUUGCAGAAGAACCGGAGGAACUGCGUUGCAUGUAGCCGACGGAUGCAAGGCUGCUCUUCCUGAUGGAUCCCAUCGUGUUAGAGAGUAACGCGAGCGAACUCGGUGCAGAUCAGCAACAGCAACAGCAGCAGCAACCCCAUCAGCAACAACAGCAACAACAAUACGGCGAGGUGAACCAACUAGGGGGUGUGUUCGUGAAUGGCCGACCGUUGCCGAACGCGGUCAGAUUGCGAAUAGUGGAGCUUGCACAGCUGGGCAUCAGGCCGUGCGACAUCUCGCGGCAGCUGCGGGUCAGCCAUGGCUGCGUCAGCAAAAUUUUGGCCCGUUACCACGAGACAGGCAGCAUACUGCCCGGCGCUAUCGGGGGAAGCAAACCCCGGGUAACUACCCCCAAAGUUGUCCAGUAUAUUAAGCAAUUGAAGCUGAAGGAUCCGGGUAUCUUCGCCUGGGAGAUCAGGGAUCGGUUACUGUCCGAUGGGGUGUGCGACAAGUACAACGUUCCAUCGGUGAGCAGCAUCUCGAGGAUAUUGAGGAACAAAGUUGGCGCGGCGACCGCGAUCCAUCACCAUCCCCAUCACCCGGCGCAUCAUCACCAUCAUCAUCAUUUAUACGCAGCUGCGGCCGCUGCCGGGGCCGCCCUUUGUCCCGUCCCCUAUCCACCGACGCCUUAUCACGCGACGCCGCCACCCGCUGUAACGCAUCAUCAUCAUCAUCAUCAUCAUCAAGUUGGGCCGACGACGCCUGGCAAGCUGUCACCAUCGUCUCCGACCACGAUUCACGCCAGUAUAGGCCAUCAGACGGCCACUUCCGCCGGUUUACAGUGGCCCAGUCCUCACACGGUUCACGACAUUUUGGCCACCGGUUGCAACUUGACCAAUUCCCAAUCGUCCCCCUCGCCGACUUCUCCGCUGUGCGCGACCAUUAACAAUAAUCACCACCACGGUCACCAUCAUCAUCAUCAUCAUCAGAGCAACGACAACGCUGCCAGCAACAAUAACAACGAGGAGACCAGCGGCUACCAUCAUCCGCAUCACCAUCAUCACCAUCAUCAGCAGUAUUACGCGUCGGCUCUGUACCAUCAUCAUCAUCAUCAUCAUUCGGACAGCGUGACUCCGGUGGCGACCACGUCACCGGUGCUCACCGUACAGUCGAUCAUGAUGCAAUCAUCAACGACCAACAGUCAACCGGCUAGUCCUUGUAAUUGAAAUUAUUCGAACGAAUUUAUAAUGAAAUUAUGUAUAGUUAGAAUGAUGAAACGCGAGUGGUGGAAGGACUAAGAUAUCGUUGGAUUGUGGAAUAAACCUAGUGAUUGCACCUAGAAUUGAAUACGAGUAUACCGAUUAAAUUUGUAAUCAAUAUGUAAUUAAGAAAAAGAAAGAUCGAAAUUAUCGAGUGAUUGUGAGAGUAAAGACAAGUUAGAGAAAAAUAUAGAAAUAAAUAUGGGAUGUGUAACUGGCCUGGGCGAAAACGAUACAUCAUCUCACCAGUAUUAUAUAUUUUUAUCGUCAUUUUGCCAAGAGUGCCUUUUCUUGAGUGCCAUAAAGAAAAGUAAUUUGUACUGUUUUGUUAUGUAUUCGUAACGGACUGUGAGAGAAGAUAAUCGAGAUUGUUGAAACUUUUUCAAAGGAUAUUCACGUUACUCGUCGAACACCUUUUUCUAGUUCAUUUCAAGGAGUAAUCCUUUAGCUCGUUUUUCCUUUUUGUAUGUUUGUUCGAUCUUUGCGUAUAUUUAAUGAUAUAAUAAUCGUUAAAGAAAGAAUCAUUGAUUCCCAGCCAAGCGAGAUCGAAAAAACGUUAAAAAGUUCUUUGACGAUUCGGCGGGACGUUAUCGAUGUUAUUUAAUUGAUAAAUUUGUACAAUCGUAUCGCGA